GGCGCGGGAGUCGGAAAUAAUUUUCUUAUAUAUAAUUUUGUUUACUUUACUUUGUACAUACGAUACGUAUUAGUUGACUAUUUUGCGUUAGUUUAAUAAUUUCAACACAAAAAAAUGCCGCAAGAAGCGUGGGUGCUAAAGUGUUACUCUUGUAAUAAAUUUCAGGUUCAACUCAAGAAAAAGGCAAAAAAGUGGCAAUGCAAAGUUUGCGGAGCAAAGCAAGAUCUGAUGACCAUUUUUUACCAAGGAUCACCUAGUGAUUGUAGAGUGAAUGUUCAAAAAAUCAAUACCGUGGAGGGAGAAAAGCAGGACAAGUUACUAGAACAGUCAAGUUUUCCAAAUCAAAGUUGCAGAGAAUACACAAGUGUUUCCCAAAGUUCACAAAAUUGUGAUGACUUUUUGUGUGGUAAUGACGAAGACUUUGACGAUGAAGUCAUGUCAGAACUAGAUCAAAGAUGUAAUGAAGUUGAAGAAACUUAUUCUCAAGAAAUAAUUCAAUCACAAGAAUGUGAAGAAAGUUGUGAAAGUGAUACAUUAAAAUGUGAGCAGCAAUACUGUGAAAAUGUAAAUAAUGUUGAGAUUAACCAAAAAGAAAACAUCAUCCAUGCAAACUUGAGUGAUUUCAAAGAUGAUAGUUGUGUUUCCAUGGAUCAAAAACAAGAAGUAAAAUGUAAUAUUUUUGAAACUAAUGGAGAUUUCGAUGAAUCUCUUGAUUUUUGA